UUGACAUGCCUUGUUUUCAUGGUGACUAACUUACACUCGCUCCCAAACCAUCUCCUCCUGAUACACGAGAUCUACAAUUUCAUGGUCGGCGCUGCGUGCGCGGGAUGAUGUAGAUCGGGACGACAUCGACAUAUUUACCAAUUUACAUCCGACGACAUUCGACCACGGACCAACCGGGUAACUGGCUUUUGAGGGUGUACGACAGGAUAAUUGCAUACUGCUACCCCACGUGCAUGAUCUUUACGUGUCCUGGCUGUUCUGGAUUCGGGUUUGCCGUCAGCAUCAAGGAACAGAAACAGAUUUGUUGAGGGGGAGCGGAGGAUAGUUGUGUGUUGUUGCUUCAGCCUGCGAUACAAGGACCCUGAAGAUUCGCGGUCACCAUGGCGAGCUCCAACAGCAUCAAAGUCGUCGCGCGGUUUCGCCCGCAGAACAAGAUCGAGGUGACUGCAGGAGGAGAACCGAUUGUUGAAUUCGCCUCCGACGACACAUGUAGUAUCCAAUCCAAAGAGGCCUCCGGGGCCUUCACCUUCGACCGGGUCUUCGACAUGAAAUGCCGCCAAUCCGACAUCUUCGAUUACUCCAUCCGAUCCACCGUCGACGACAUCCUCAAUGGCUACAACGGCACCGUGUUUGCGUACGGGCAGACCGGCGCGGGGAAAUCGUACACCAUGAUGGGCUCCGACAUCGACGACGACGAAGGCAAGGGCGUGAUCCCCCGCAUCGUGGAACAGGUCUUCGCCAGCAUCCUAUCCAGUCCUGGGAACAUCGAGUACACGGUCCGGGUAAGCUACAUGGAGAUUUACAUGGAGCGGAUCCGCGACCUGCUGCAGCCGCAUAACGACAACCUACCCAUCCACGAGGAGAAGAAUCGCGGGGUCUAUGUCAAAGGGCUGUUGGAGAUCUACGUAUCCAGCGUCGCGGAGGUCUACGAGGUCAUGAGACGGGGCGGUCUAGCGCGCGCGGUCGCGGCGACGAACAUGAACCAAGAAUCGUCGCGUUCACAUUCCAUCUUCGUCAUUACCAUCACCCAGAAAAACGUCGAGACCGGGUCGAUGAAGAGUGGGCAGCUGUUCCUGGUCGAUCUUGCUGGGAGUGAAAAGGUUGGGAAAACCGGUGCCAGCGGACAGACGCUGGAAGAAGCCAAGAAGAUCAACAAGAGUUUGAGCGCCCUGGGCAUGGUGAUUAAUAAUCUUACGGACGGAAAAUCCACACACAUACCCUAUCGAGACUCGAAGCUCACCCGUAUCCUACAAGAAUCGUUGGGUGGUAACUCCCGGACGACCCUCAUCAUCAACUGCUCUCCAAGUAGCUACAAUGACGCGGAAACCGUCAGCACGCUACGGUUUGGCGUCAGAGCAAAGGCAAUCAAGAACAAGGCCAAGGUCAACGCCGAACUCAGUCCCACCGAACUCAAAGCCCUUCUCAAAAAGGCGCAAACCCAGGUUACGAGCUUCGAAUCCUACAUCCAGGACUUGGACUCGGAAGUGCAGCUGUGGAGAAGCGGCGAGAGCGUUCCAAGAGAGAGAUGGACACCUGGGUUAACACGCGACAUGGCAACCGCAAGAAAGCCAGACACCAGGCCUCCUGUUACGCCGUCGAGGCUCAGGAGUACAGAAUCCCGUCCCGAGACGCCAUCGAGGCCCGACUCUAGGCUGGACCUGGAUAGGGCCGGCACACCGAUCACGCUCGACAAAGACGAACGGGAAGAGUUCCUCCGCCGGGAGAAUGAGCUCCAAGAUCAGCUCGCCGAGAAGGAAUCCGCGCUCGUGAACGCAGAAAAGGGCCUGAAGGAAGCGAGAGAGGAGCUCCAGCUGCUCCGACAGCACGACUCCCGCACCACGAAAGACAAUGAGAAGCUCGGCGGCGAGAUUAACGAGCUCCGUAUGCAGGUGGAGAAGAUCCACUUCGAGUCCAAGGAGGCCAUGAUUACAAUGGACAGCCUCAAAGAAGCCAACUCCGAGCUGACCGUCGAACUCGACGAAGUCAAGCAGCAGCUGCUAGACGCCCGGAUGAACGCGAAGGAAACCACCGCAGUGCUCGACGAAAAGGAGAAGAAGAAGGCGGAGCGCAUGGCGCAGAUGAUGGCGAGCUUCGACCUGGGCGGGGAGAUCUUCAGCGACAAUGAGCGGAGUAUACGGAAUGUCAUCGAGCAGGUGGAGGCGCUCCAGGAGAUGGCCGUGGCGGGCGAGGCGAUCUCGCCGGAGGAGAUGCAGGACUUGCGGCACAAAUUGAUGGAGACGCAAGGCAUUGUGCGGCAGGCGGAGCUCUCGGUGGUACAGCGUUCGGAGCAGGAUGAGGCGCAAUUUGCUCGACGCGAUGCGCUAGAAGAGCGACUUGGGAAGCUUCAGAAGGAGUAUGAGGACGUCCUUGAGGGCAAGCUCGGCGCCGAGGACGUGGACGCGAUCAAGUCUCGCCUGGCGGAUGCAUACGACAACCGACAGAAUGGCGAGCAUGAAAUCGCCCUGGAACUCAAGGAGGAGCUGCAGAAGAAGGCGGAGGAGAACCAGAAGAUGAAGACGGAGAUGGAGGUCUUGCACGAGCGCAUCAAGUCGGGCGCACUUGCCGUCGCGGCGAACGGAUCGGCUGUGAACGGCAAGACUAUCCAACAGCAGAUCACCGAGUUCGACGCGAUGAAGAAGAGCUUGAUGAGAGAUCUACAGAAUCGAUGCGAACGGGUCGUCGAGCUCGAAAUCUCCCUCGACGAAACCCGCGAGCAAUACAACAACGUCCUCCGCACCUCCAACAACCGCGCCCAGCAGAAGAAGAUGGCCUUCCUCGAACGCAACCUCGAGCAACUCACCGUCGUCCAGCGGCAGCUGAUCGAGCAGAACAGCGCGCUGAAGAAGGAAGUCGCCAUCGCGGAGCGGAAACUGAUCGCGCGCACCGAGCGCAUCCAUAGCCUGGAAAACUUGCUGCAGGAUAGUCAGGAGAAACUCACCGCGGCGAACCAUAAAUUCGAAGUGCAACUCUCCGCAGUCAAAGAGCGCCUCGAGGCCGCGAAACAAGGCUCGACCCGCGGCCUCGGCUCGCCGACGAACGCGGGCGGGUUCUUCAGCGGCUCGAAGAUUGCGAAGCCGCUGCGUGGCGGCGGCGAUGCGAGCGCGCCGAUCCCCGUCAUUUCGAGCCUGCAAGGCCAAGAUCCAUCGGGGGCGAAGCGAGGGAGUUGGUUCUUCAACAAUCGAUGAGAUACGCGAUGGAGUCUGGGUACGUGAGACGAAGCCGACGUCUGUUUGCCUACGCAUUUUCAUUUUGUGGAGAUGGGUUGGACGGGAUACCGGUGGGAGGAGCAUUCUGGCGGUGUUUGUUUUGGUAUUCAUUCUGUCAUGUAUGAAAGAUGGAGUUGUAUGGGUCUUGGUUACUCGUGCCCUGUAGAGAUUAGAUGGGUCUUAGACGUCUUACACUGCGUAUGGCGCAGACGACGUGAUGGAGACGGUCUCGGAUCUGGGUUCCUGUUUGUAUAUAGGGCAUAUGCAGGCUACAGUCAACUCAAUGACAGAAUGACAUUGUUA